GAGCGCAUCGGUUAUGAGCUGAAGAUCGCUAAACAGAAGAUUGAUUUCCUCGAAAAGGAGAGUUUGGACGCAAUCGAGAGAAUGAAACUCUCGUUUGAAUCGGAGAUUAAUUUAAUUAAACGCGAAAAAGAAGAGCUGAGAAACAAAUUGUUGGAAACAAACCAAUUGCCAGAUGUUAUGAAGUUUACGGAUUUGACUCAUGAGAACCAGAGAUUGACGGCGAGAGUGAAGUCCUAUCAGUCGACACUCGAAGACGCGGAACAACAGUAUAAGAGAAUUGAGUCGAAAGUGGAAUCACUGGUCGCCGAACACGAGAACAGCCAACGAGAGGCCGAGAGACAGAUCUCUGCACUCAAUGUACAGCUCAAGAGUUUUAGCGAUAAAAAUAUGGACUUAAGACAAACGAUUGCCGGCAAUGAAAGAGAAAAACUGGAUCUAAUGGCAGAUAUGGAGAGAUUGAAGAAUGAAAUGAAUCGAUUAAAUAAAUCCAUAGAAGAUAAUGAUAAACAUUUUGAUGUAGAAAAGGAUAAGAUUAAGAAUUCUUAUAAUAAAAGUAUCAAAGAUAUUGACGAACAAAAGGAUGUGAUGUCCAGUCAAUUGAGGAUUAUGAAACUGGAAAUUGAGACUAAAAACGACACAAUAAAGCGAUUAGAACUGGAAAACAGCGCCAAAGAUAAAGAAUUUCAAUUAAAAAUGACUGAAAUAAGACAACAAGAGUUCGACAAACGAUCGGCCGUUGAACACGAAAAGAAUUCAAUUCAAUCCAAACUCAAGGAUUUAAAAGAAGAAAAGUCUAAACUAAAGGAAGAGAUCCAACAAAUGAGACGUCAAAUCGAGAAUAUGUCUGAAUUGAGAUUAAGUGUCGAAAGAGAUUCAAUGAUUUUAAGGGCAAAAGUAGAGUCAAAUCAAAUUAGUAUUGUAGAGUUGGACAAACUUCGCAAACAACACAACCAUUUGCACGACUCUCUCAAUAAACUGAAGAGUGAGAACACAGAGUACGCGGCGCUCAACAAAGAGCUCGUCCGACAGCGCGAGCACUACAAGAAUGACUUCCAGAGGAUUAAAGACACGUUAGAUGAAGAGCGCAAACAAUUGGAUGAGUUUAAGGUAUUGAGCGAUAAGAAUGUCCUAAAGUUGAGGAAUUGUAUCGACGAAGAGAGGACUGACUUCAGAGAUAAGUUAUUGAGUCUCGAAAGGGAUGUCAUUAAAUGCAAGAAAGAAAGGGACGAAUUGAGGACUAAAUAUAAUAAAUAUGUGACAAUUGCCGAGAAAUUGCAGACAAAACUCAUGGAAAGCAAAGACAAGCAAAAGCCCGAACCGAGUCAUUACAGGUCUAGUCAUGGGAUGGCGCCCACCGUUUCGGCCGACGCUCACAAUCAGCUCAAGAAAGAGCUUAAAAUCAUGAAACGAAGACAAAACGAAAUCGCGUCCCAACUGUUGAACUGCUCUUUUGAUUCGACGCACUGUAAGGAACUCGACGCCAAACCCGAUCAUUCAUAA